AAUCCGGACAAUCAGACAGUUCAAACCAGCAAGGAGAUGUGGACAUCAAACCAGUGCCCAACGGGCAUUUGACUUUCCAGGACUGUUUUGUGACGUCGGGCGUCUGGAACGUGACGGAGCUGGUCCGAGUGUCCCAGACUCCUGUGGCCACGGCGUCGGGUCCCAACUUCUCCCUGGCGGAUCUGGAGAGCCCCAGUUACUACAACAUCAACCAGGUGACCCUGGGCCGGCGGUCCAUAACGUCACCUCCUUCCACCAGCUCCACCAAGCGCCCCAAGUCGCUGGAUGACAGCGAGAUGGAGAGCCCCGUGGACGAGGUCUUCUACCCCGGGACGGGGCGCUCGCCCGCCGCCGGCAGUAGCCAGUCCAGCGGCUGGCCCAACGACGUGGACGCAGGACCGGCUUCCCUAAAGAAGUCAGGGAAGCUGGAUUUCUGCAGCGCCCUCUCCACCCACACCACCUCCCCAAGAAUGGCUUUCAGCCACCACCCGCUGCCGGUCCUUGCAGGAGUCAGACCAGGAAGCCCCCGGGCAACAGCCUCGGCCCUGCACUUCCCGUCGACUUCCAUCAUCCAGCAGUCCAGCCCCUACUUCACCCACCCGACCAUCCGCUACCACCAUCACCACGGCCAGGACUCGCUCAAGGAGUUCGUGCAGUUCGUCUGCUCCGACGGGUCGGGCCAGGGCACAGGGCAGCCUAACGCUAGCGGCCAGGGCAAAGUCACGGGCUCAUUUUUGCUGCCGCCGCCCCCACCUGUGGCCAGACCUGUGCCCCUUCCAAUGCCUGACACAAAAUCCACCAGCACUAACCCAGAGGGCGGAGCGCCGACACCUACAUCACCCUGUAAGUGGACGCCCGACAGCGACGACACAACCCCCCAGGCAAACCCACCCCCAGCCUGGUCCUCACGCACGGAGCCACCA